UUUAAAGUAUGUUCAUCACAGUGGAACACGCUAGUCACUUCAUCAUCAAAAACACGCCUUAAGUCUCACGUGAUGAAAAGCACCUUCACCUAUCUCCAUCUUUCUAGUCAUGAACCUCUUCUUCCCUGGGGUCCACAUACAUCUGACGGUUUAGGCUCAGGCUCAAGUCAGAAUGUUUCUAAUGCAACCGUGUGACAGGAUCAUUGCCAAAGCGUGAGGAGAAACCUGACUAGGCAGAUGGAACCUCAAGAGAGUGAAGUGGAGCUGGAUCUGGUCCUCUCCACACUCCAGGAAAUGUUCGGUGACCUUUCACCUGCCUCUGCGACCCCCGUUGCCCUGGACUGCCAACCGCCCGAGUCUUCCACUUUAGAACCCCUGGUGGAUCAUCUCAGCAGGGCCGCCUCCUGUGGGCUCCGCCAGGACGACCUGCAUGGAGGCGUCCCCUCGGGAGUUCACAUGGAGCCGUGCUACGGCAGCAUCUCCUCCAGGCUCACUCUGGAUCAGCCUCAGUCGGGAGUGCUGAUGGAGCCGGUGCACGGGUGCGUUCCCUCAGGACCCAUGGCGGUAGGGCAGAUACAUCCGGUGUACUCCUUCCCAACUGGGCACCUGUGGUCAUUGCACCACGGUGGUGUCUUUGUCUACAACCAGAACAACUACAUGCCAAUGAUGGAGGUUCUACAUGACGCUCCGCCAGGUGCUCCUUGUGUUGUUAACGGUGACAUGAUGAUCAACGCCAAAGCGCCGUCUUACUCCGGCGUGUCCCUUCCAAGGCACCAGCCGUCUGAUCAGCAGAAGAGUGGGCCCUACAUCAGGAGACCACCCAACGCCUUCAUGAUCUUCAUGAGGGAGAACAGAGCCAAGAUCACCGCCAGUCUCAAACCCAAACACAGCGUGGAAGCCAACAGCAUCCUGGGAAAGAUGUGGAAGUCCAUGUCUGCGGCGGAGCAGGAGAAAUACUACCAACUGGCCGCGGUCGAGCGACGACUCCACGCAGCGCAGCACCCGGACUGGUCCAGCAAAGACAACUAUGGGAAGAAGAUGAAGAGGUACAGGGGCAAAGCUGCGCGGCCUUGAAGGACCUCUCAACAAUUCUCCUUUUCAUCUACUCUCUUCACUGGAUUCUCCCGCUAACUCCUGCAGCUCGACUCAUCUCUGUUAAACAUCAGCCCAAUAAUAAACAAUA